AUGACAUUUUACCUGCUGAUGAUCCUCGGAGGGGCGAUGACGGUAACCCGGGGUAACGGCGCGCGGGUGGUGAGCGGUCAGACGCUGUGUCUCGGAGGUCCCAAGCGUCCUUGCUAUAAGAUCGCAUACUUCCACGACGUGUCGAGCCGCGUGGCCUUCAGAGAGGCUCGGCAGGCCUGCGAGAUGGACGGAGGCUCUCUGCUCAGCAUCGAGAGCCCGGUCGAACAGACCCACAUUGAAGAUCUGCUGCAGGAGCUGCGUUCAGGAGCAGUGGGGGGUGCAGGAGGAGGUAUAGCGGAUGGUGAUUUCUGGAUCGGUCUGACUCGGGUAGACGGAGUCGAUCAGACUCGCCCUGAACUCAGCAACACCUUCACUUCCUGUCCACAGCUCUACCACUGGACCGAUGGGAGUCUCGCCUCUUUUAGGAACUGGUAUUUUGACGAGCCAUCCUGUGGAGGAGAGUCCUGCGUUGUGAUGUACCAUCAACCAACUGCCCUACCUGGUCUGGGCGGAGCUUAUCUCUACCAAUGGAAUGACGACCGCUGCAACAUGAAACACAACUUCAUAUGCAAAUAUGAACCAGAGAGCCAUCUUGUGAAGGAACAGGGGAACACACCUGCAGGGCAGAGCACAGAGGCCACUGCAGGUGGAGGUGUGGUCAAACAAGCAGCAGGCAGUGAGGUGGUCCCCCCGGAGGUGACCAUGAGUGGAGCUUCAGGCAUGUUACUGGUGUACGUGAUAAUACCCACAAUCCCCCUGCUGCUGCUCAUCCUGGUGGCUUCUGGGACAUGUUGUUUUCAGAUGCUCAGUAGAAGUACUCCGCGCACAAAGACGGCCGGUGCUCCCCUGUCGACCCUCUGGAUCUCCAGGACACCUAAACCAGACCGCAUGGAGGUGUGAGGUCACUGUGAGGUCACUGUGAUGUCACUGC